UUCCAUGAAGAGCGGUGGAGCCCGGAGUCUCCUAUAUUAGCUCCUCGAGUAAUGAUCACUCUCAUCUGCCGUAACGCCCAGCACUCUCUGCCGCAUUUCCUCGGAACUAUUGAUCGCCUCAAUUACCCCAAAGAUCGAAUCGCGCUCUGCUCAAUGCUAUGGAGGGGCAAACUGGAAGAAAAAAAAAGAUGGGAGGGGUUUCUCUAGAUCCAUUGUGUCCCACUCAUCCUAACCAAGGUUGAAUUUAUCCCGUAAAGUUGUUAUUGUCCUAACCAGUGAAUGAAGAACUUUGUUGCAAAGGUAUCAGUUACCAAGAACGCUCUGAGCGCCGUAGUUUUGCUCUAAAUGAUUGAAUUCCCAUAUAAUGGCAAUGUAAUAAAGCCAGUUUAGCUUCUUAUGGUGCUCUGCAGAAGCAGGCUGAUUGAACAAUGUAGAAGAGUAGCUUAGAAAUGCUAUUAAUCACUGUAUUAAAACAAUUACAUUAUUACACGUCUGGAAUACUUAAUUCUGAUUGAUCAAACUAGUAAGUAACCAUGUUAGUGGAAUAAUAAUGUACAGUCAGAUGGACAAUGAUUAGCUCAUUAUUAUUAUCAUUAUUAUUAUUAUUAUUAUUAUUAUUAUUUCAUUAUUAUCGUCCCCUUGGAAGGUUGUCUUCAUUCUGAGCAGUUUUGAAUUAUUGAGCUUCAAAGUUUUUGCAUUCCAUCGGACUUUAUACAUAGAACCAUUUUGUUUUCUAAAUAAAAAGUCCCUUCUUGUACUAAACAUUACCAAAAACAUCACAUUAUGUAAAUAAGUUGUCACAGAAUAAGAAUAUGUGAAUAACUAUUAAUUCCAAGGGGACGUUAUAUUGAUUUAUGUGUUAUCUGUAUGUAAAUGUGUGUUUUUAUGUGGUAGCAUACGGGUCUAUUAAAAGUUUUGCAAACAACAUGUGGAUUAAGCUAUUUUCUUAAUAAAAAGCUGUCAGGUGCUGGAGCUGUGGUCUAGAGGUUAGUGUACAUGCUCCAACACGCUGAUGGAUUGAGUCUAGCUUGUGUUAUUUGGUGAUCCCAUUUUCCUCCUCUAACUUGCUCCAUUUACUCUCUUUUAUGUGUACUGUAUGAACAAAAGGCCCAAAAGACUUUACUGUAUAUUUGCUUUGUGGUAAUUAAGUCCAUUCAAAUGAAUUGGCUUCACUCAUGUGGAAAAACAUAAUUUAAUAUGACUGAAUUCACCUUACUACAGUAAGUUACACCAACGAAAAUAAUAGUUUAAGAUUAGAUUAAUUGGAAAUAGCUUUUUAGGGUAGACACAACUGCACAGUUUCAUGUCUGCACUGAAGGGGAAAUUAAUGUUCAUAAACAGUGUUGGGGAAAGUUACUUUCAAAAGUAAUGCGUUACCAUAUUGCAGUUUCUCGACUAGGGGGCCUCAAGAUGACUAAAAUGUAUUUAAAAUUAAUAAAUUAUUUUUAAUAUAUUAGCAUAAUCAAACUCUAAAUUAAAAUGCUUAAAUAUGCAUAAAAUGCAAGUGUAAUGCAAAUGUAAAUGAAAUGUAUUUCUUAUUUAAUAUAAUAAAAAUAAUAAAAUAAAAAUAUGUAUUCCCCCCCUCAAUAACGGUUGUUGUAAUUGAAGAACACGCAGUUCUUGAAACUUUUGAAGUCACAACAUGAAUCAUUGUUAAUUAAUUUAAUAUACAUACUCCUAGUUUCUGUUAAUAAAAAAGUUUGAAAGCCAGCCAGCAACCUUAUCAUAAUUAAUACCGGAAAAGGCCUAUAUUGGGAAGCCUUCCAAUAUUGUGUUGGGUCAAAAAGUAGACCUGGCUUGAAUUCCUGUCCUGAAUCUGUCUGUACUGUAGUAACAGUUGUUGGCCAGAGUUGUGUUCUCACAGGUUCGUGUGGCAUCCAAACUCCGUUUGGAUUUGUAGACUCUUAGGCCUCACAGCUGCGCUCUGCUGCAGGAGACGCAUCUGGACUGGUGAAGUCAUGUUGGUAGCAACCGACCACAAUAUUGACAACACAACAUACCUACUGCGAGACUGGCUCAUCAAUGUACAGAAACUCUACCAUUAUGUGGAGUGGAGGCCAAAGGAGGAACCAAGAGAAUAUCAUAAUGAGGAAGGACCAAAGGAGUGGACGAAUGAGCGCUACGCUUAUGUCAUGAGACUGCGGCAGGCAGCGCUCGAGUCUGCACGAGAGAUGUGGGCAGACUAUCUCAUGAUGAUUGAUUGUGAUAAUCUUCUGAUCAACCGAGAUGUUUUAUGGAAACUAAUAAAGGAGAACAAGACAAUCGUGGCACCGAUGAUGGAGUCUCGUGCUGCCUACUCAAACUUCUGGUGUGGAAUGUCAUCCCAGGGCUACUAUAAACGAACUCCUGCCUACAUCCCCAUGCGUAAGCAAGUGCGUAGGGGUUGCUUUACCGUUCCCAUGGUGCACUCGACUUUCCUGGUGGACCUGCGGAAAGAAGCUUCCAGACUUCUGGCUUUUCACCCGCCGCAUCCAGACUACACCUGGGCCUUUGACGACAUUAUAGUCUUCGCUUUUUCAGCCCGCAUGGCAGAGGUUCAAAUGUUUGUUUGUAACAAGGAAACUUACGGGUAUCUCCCAGUGCCUCUUCGUGCCCACAGCACUUUGCAAGACGAGGCAGACAGCUUCAUUCAUACUGUGAUUGAGGUCAAUGUGCGAAACCCUCCAGUUGAGCCCUCCAGAUACUUGCCCAAACCUGUCAAAAAACCUGACAAAAUGGGCUUUGAUGAGGUGUUUAUGAUCAACCUGAAGCGGCGGGAUGACCGUCGUGAGCGCAUGCUGAGGGCUUUGAGAGAGCAAGAGAUCGACUGCAAGAUUUUCGCUGCUGUGGAUGGCAAAGCUAUGAACGUGAGUGAGAUCCAAUCUAUGGGAAUCCACAUGCUUCCCGGCUACAGUGACCCGUACCACGGCAGACCUCUUACAAAAGGAGAGCUGGGCUGUUUCCUGUCCCACUACAACAUCUGGAAAGAGAUUGAAGACAGAGGCCUGAAGACAUCGCUAGUGCUUGAAGAUGAUUUGCGGUUUGAGAUUUUCUUCAAGCGACGCCUGCAGAAUUUAAUGCAUGAGGUCGAGAGUAAGGGUCUGGAUUGGGACCUCAUUUAUAUUGGGAGGAAGAGGAUGCAAGUGGACCGGCCUGAAAAAGCAGUACCAAACAUUCGCAACCUGGUGGAGGCGGACUAUUCCUACUGGACCUUGGGUUACAUGAUGUCAUUGCAAGGAGCCAAAAAGCUCCUCAAAGCAGAACCACUCAGUAAAAUGUUGCCUGUGGACGAAUUCCUUCCAGUAAUGUUUAAUAAGCAUCCUGUAUCGGAAUACAUGGAGCAGUUUGAGACGAGGGACCUGAAAGCAUUCUCAGCGGAGCCCUUGCUUGUGUUCCCUACACACUACACGGGCGAACCUGGGUACAUCAGUGACACCGAAACCUCCACGGUGUGGGACAAUGAGAAAGUGCGCACAGACUGGGACAGGAAGCGCUCGGGUAAGACCCGGGAACAGGCUGAGAUCAGCACAGAGGCCCAAAACUCAGAUGUGCUCCAGUCUCCUCUGGAUAGGACGGCCAGAGACGAACUAUGAGAGACAUUGUUUUGGACACACCGCUGGACUUGCUUCUGUUCCACCUUAUAAGCACAAUACGAGUGAGCAGAAGAGGAGAUUUGUUUUUAUUAUUUGUUGUUUGCCAGCAAAGAAAUCGAGCUUAAUGUUUAUCCCUUCAUUUGUAGAUUAUCAAAUUGGUAACAGUGGACUAAAUGUGCUUAUUAAUGAGCACAACACCUGUUCAUCCUGCGAUAAAGAUCCCAGGUGUUUGACAAACAGUUUAUGAUUAUUUUAAUCAGUAACACAUUAUAGUAAGGUUCCAUUUGUUAACAUUAGUUAACUGGAUUAGCUUAACAAUGAAAAAAAAAAAGGUCUUCUAAAGCAUUUAUUAUUCUUGGUUAAUGAUAAUUUCAACAUUAGAAUCAAAAGUUGCAUCAGUUAAUAUUAUUUAAAGAUGACAUGUUUUUUAUUUACAUUUUUAACUUUCUUUUGUGUGUAAUGUUGCUGUUUGAGCAUGAAAAAGGUAUUCAAAGUUCCAAAGCCAAAAAUAUAGGGAUAUACUCUCUAUAUCAGUGCACACACUGUUUCUGAAAUCACUGAAACGCCUCCAUUGUAGUCUUGAGUUUUCUUCUGGGAACGAACACGUCACAAUAUUCCUCAUUUAAAUAAUUCCCGCCCAAGGCGUAUGCAAAAUAAAGGGGUGAGGCCUGGUUGAGUUAAUCAGUAGUGUGUUGAAUCUCGUGGUUAUGGUUAGGGGUGUGACAUUUCCCAAACACGCUGAACCAGUUGACCAAUCACAACACACUGGUCCAGCUGACCAAUCAGAGCACAUUGUGCUUUUCAGAAGGAGGGGCUUCAUAAGAGACAGGAACUAAACAGGGGUGCAUUUCCCAUACAACGACAUAACUCACUGUUUAAAUACCAUAGUAUGAUGCAUCUUUGAAGAAUUCAACUAGCUAGUCACAACUGUUUCCCGAAACCGUAUUGUCACAAAUUUGUGAUGUCACACAGGUUCCCGCCCAAACACUGUAAUAACACUGUAAUAACUUCUUUAAAUGAAUCCGCUUGAGAUCGAAUUAAUGCUAGAUUUUCUGCUAUAAAUUACGGACAUGGCAUCUGAGGACUGAUUCUCAUUUUUCUCAGUUAUUUUGCUUUAUUUCCAGAUUCAGUCAUAGGCUCGUUCUUAUGUACUAGAGCACAUGCGCGCUCUUCAAAAACGGUGCUUAAAAUGAACAAAAUUAAAAAUAACUAAAAUAUGUAAAUGACAUUUGUAUAUAUUCAAAAUAAAAGAUAUACAUUGUACUUAUUUUGCUCAAGAUAACGAUUUAUUAAGUCCACCUGUCAUAAAAACAAGAAACUAUUCUUCUAACCACAGCUCGAGAUCUGUCGUACCAACCACACAAGUUUGCAAAGCAGUUUGCGAAUGUUCCUGUGAACUGUGGUUUCGAGAAACACCAAAUUGUUGAACUAUGUAAGUAACAACAGAACUUGCAAUGUUUUUUGGCUAAUGAGCGUUACUGACAGACUAGGAAGAGAAGUGCUGCAACAAUGGAAAAUAUGUGAAAAAUAAUGAUUUUUGAACAUUCAAGCAUGAAAACCUAUGCUAGUAGAACUCAAAAUCAAGACUUUGUAAAAGAGCAUAAUAGGUCCUCUUUAAUAGACUUGGGCUGGCAUGUACUUAACAAUGAACAGUUGAUUUUAGUGUUAACAAAGAUUCAUAAACACUGUAACAAAUGUAUUGCUCAUUGUUAGUUAAUGCUUUAAAUAAUGUUAACUAAUGGACCUUAUUGUAAAGAAUCACCUUUUAAUUAGUCUGAAAAAUAAUGACAAUCACAUUUAACUUUUUAUUUAGUUUUGCAGUGUUCACAUUCCAGACAUAAACAUAGUCAUUUAACAAUAAUAAAAGACACACGAAGCAUGUUGUUAUUUUAAGGAAUGAAGCAUGUUAUUUUAACAUGAAGGAUGUUGUUAUUUUUAGACCUUGAUACCAUUACCGCCUUUGGUGGCAAUUCAGGCUGUUACUUCCCAUCAUCAAAGCCAACAACCGUACACGCCUCACUGUGUGGUUUUGCUGUCAUAUCAUCUGGACAGAAAUUAAAGGUCUAUACACAUUCCACACAGCAACAUUCCAGAUUUGGUUUCACUUCUUUGCUUUUUUGACACAGAACAGCCUAGCAGGCUUCGAAUGUGCUUGAUGUGAUUUUUUUUUUUUUUGUGAUCGUGCUGUUUAGUCACGCUGUCAUACUAUUAGUAUGUAUGUAACUGUGACUUGUAUUUCACCAACUGUGCCUUAAAUAUAAAGAAUGGUUAAAAACA